AUGUCAUCAUCAUCAUCAUCAUCAUCAUCAUCAGCAUAUCAUCAUCAUCAUCAACAACAACAAUCAAACCAUCCAUCAAAUUCAAACUCACCACAUUCAAAUCCAACUCCAGGUCCAUCAAAUCAAACAACUCCUCAUUUACCUUCAUACAGACCACGUUCAACCAUCUAUCCACCUACUCAACCAGCUCCAUUAUUCUUAGAAGAUGAAGAUGAUUUUGAUGAGAACGGAAGAUAUAUAGAUUCAGCACUCUUAUCUGUAAAUGAUCCAGACUAUAGAUUACGAUUAACUAGAUCUGCUACUGAAACGAUCCAUGAAGCCAUCUCAGAAGAUGAUCGUAGAAGGAAAGCUAAAAAGAAACGAUUAGGUCAAUCAUCAAGUAAAGAUCCAUUAGGAGCACGUAAACGAUUUCAAAGAAGAUCUAGACCUCCAACCGCUAAUUCAAAUCAUACAAGAAAAUCUUAUUUAGAUCCUAAAUUACCUCCCUUACCUAUCGCACCUGAUCUAGAUCCACCUCCAUUACCUUCUAUCGCUAACUCAGGUGAAGGUGAAGAUGAACAUACUCAAAAUUUAAAAGAAUUAGAAGAUUCACCGGCUACUGAUUUUAAAAAACAACAAAAGAAAUCUAAUAAGAAACAUUCGAAUCGAGGUCCUUCCUUUUCCAAUGAAAGAAGAUCGAUUUAUGUGAACUUGGUCUUACCUACUGGUCAGAUCGAUCGAAAUGGAGAUCCAUUAGCUAAAUAUGUUCGAAAUAAAGUUAGAACUACUAAAUAUACCAUCAUCUCAUUCUUACCAAAGAAUCUCUUUGAACAAUUUCGAAACGUAGCCAAUAUUUAUUUCCUCGUCCUAGUCAUCUUUCAAAACUUUCCAAUCUUUGGAGCCGCCACACCUCAAGUCGCCAUGUUACCAUUACUGUUUAUCUUAUGUGUAACAGGAGCCAAGGAUUGUUUUGAAGAUUAUCGAAGAUAUAUGUUAGAUAACAGUGUGAAUAACUCACCCUGUACAAGAUUAGGAGAUUGGAGAAAUGUCAAUGUACCUAGAUCAGGUGGAGGAUCAUGGUGGGAAAACUUGGAUUGGCCAUGGGAAACGCAUGAUGUGGAUCAACAAACCGAGUUUUCAGGUCAACAUCGUACAAAGAUUACCAAAGGAGUUAGAAAGUUGAGGGAAAGGGAAAAAGGUACAUUUAAUACGGAUUUCUUGAGAGAAUCGAAUUCAAAGAAUGAAACGGGAGAUCUCGAUUCGGAUUCAGAUGAAGGAGUUCAAAGAGGUCUUGGUGAAGCAGGUCAAAGUAGUUCUAAUCCUAGUAGAUCUGUACUGGAUGCUGCUCUGAGUGAAAUGAAUAUCCGAUCUGAAUCACCCAUCAAAGCUACCUCAUCAAUCCAAUCAAGACAAAGAAAAUCAUCAUCAGAAGUGGUAGAUUAUUCAACCCCUACUUCAGGAACUGCUAAAUGGGAACGAACGUUAUGGAAGAAAUUAGAAGUAGGCGAUAUCGUCUUAUUGAGAGAAGAUGAAGCUAUCCCGGCCGAUUUGGUGAUCUUAUCAUCAUCAGAUCCAGAUGGACAAUGUUUUGUAGAAACGAAGAAUUUGGAUGGAGAAACGAAUUUGAAACCGAGGAAAUCGAUUAAAUCGACUAAAUCGAUUGCUAAUGAAGAAGAUUUAGAACAUUCUCAUUUCUUAAUUGAUUCAGAACCACCUAAUGCGAAUCUGUAUGCUUAUAAUGCUACAUUAAAGUAUUGGACUCAAGACGAACGUGAAGGACGUGAACAUCCCUUGACGGAAGGACGAAAACUUGAAAAAGGUUCAGAGAAGAGAGAAGUGAUUGGGAUUAAUGAGAUGUUAUUGAGAGGUUGUACUUUGAGAAAUACUCAAUGGGUGAUGGGUUUGGUGGUCUUUACUGGUAAAGAUACUAAAAUCAUGUUGAACCAAGGUGAUACUCCAUCCAAGAAAGCUAAAAUCUCGGAUGAAACCAAUUAUGCUGUCAUCAUCAAUUUCGUCAUCUUGGUCGUACUCUGUGCCGUCAACGCGAUUGGAGAUGGAAUUUAUUCAGGAAACACGUCGACGAGUGCUUAUUAUUACGAACAGAAUGCUAGUAUUUCAUCAAUUGCUACAUUAGAUGCAUUGGUCACUUUUGGUGCAGCUUUGAUCUUGUUUCAAUCGAUCGUACCCAUCUCAUUGGUGAUCACACUUGAAUUUGUUCGAACCAUUCAAGCUUUAACGAUUUUCAGAGAUAUCGAAAUGUAUUAUGAACCGUUGAAUUGUCCAGCCGAACCUAAAUCAUGGAAUCUUUCAGAUGAUCUAGGACAAAUCGAAUAUAUCUUUAGUGACAAGACUGGCACCUUGACUCAAAACGUCAUGGAAUUCCAACGUUGUUCGAUCUCAGGUAUAGCGUAUGGAGAAGGAGUCACCGAAGCGAUGAGAGGAGCAGCUAAGAGAGGAGCUGAUCAUGAUCCAUCUGCCUUAGAUGAUCCUGCUUUAGCUGCUACUCAUCUAGCUGAAUCUAAACGAAAGAUGAUUGAUCUGAUGAAACGACAUUUCCGACAUCGAUAUUUAAAUCACGAAAGUUUGACAUUAAUCUCACCUGGCUUAGUGGAAGAUAUGUUUAAUGAAGAUCCACAAGAAGAAGAACAUCGAAUGAGAAUGAUUGAGUUUUGGACUUCACUGGCAUUGUGUCAUGAUGUGAUUGCAAGCAAAUCAGAAGGAAGAAUCGAAUAUAAAGCUGAAAGUCCAGAUGAAGCAGCCUUGGUAGCAGCAGCAAGAGAUUUAGGAUUUGUGUUUGUGAAAAAGUUGGGUGAUACUUUAACAUUAGAAGUCUUGGGAGAACGACAGAAAUAUCAACUUUUGAAGAUCAUUGCAUUUAAUAGCUCACGAAAACGAAUGAGUAGUUUGGUUAGAUGUCCGGAUGGAAGGAUUAAAUUGAUUUGUAAAGGAGCUGAUAGUAUUAUCAUGUCAAGAUUAAGAUCAGAUCAUGAUUUAGAAUCGAAGAAUCGAACGAAUUUAGAUUUAGAAGCCUUUGCGACGGCUGGAUUAAGAACUUUAUUGAUUGGUAGUCGAGAAGUAUCAGAAGAAGAAUAUUUAAAGUUUGAUGUAGAGUUUUCUAAAGCGAGUGAGAUUGGAGGUAAAGAAAGAGAAGAAGCGAUUGAAAAAGUAGCCGAUGAAUUUGAAAGAGGAUUAGAGAUCUUAGGUGCUACUGCAUUAGAAGAUAAAUUACAAGAAGGUGUACCUGAAGCCAUUGAAAAGUUACAUGAAGCUGGGAUCAAGUUAUGGGUCUUGACAGGAGAUAAACUUCAAACGGCCAUUGAGAUUGGAUAUAGUUGUAAUUUGUUAAAGAAUACGAUGGAGAUUAUGAUUAUUAGUUCGGAUACUGAACAAGGUGCUAGGUCUCAAAUCGAACAAGGUUUAGAGAAAUUAAUGUCGGUGAUUGAUGAAAGAGAGAGUGAUGGAAGAGAAGAUUCCUUACCACCUAGAACGGAUCAUGAUGAACCAUUAGAUGGGUAUGCGGUCGUCAUUGAUGGUGAUACGUUGAGAUAUGCAUUAGAUAGUUCUUUAAAGGCCAACUUUUUAGCUCUUACUGUUCAGUGUGAAACGGUGGUGUGUUGUCGUGUCUCUCCUGCUCAGAAAGCAUUGACGGUCAAAUUGGUAAAGGAAGGUAGAGGUGCAAUGACUUUAGCCAUUGGAGAUGGUGCCAAUGAUGUAGCUAUGAUUCAAGAAGCUCAUAUCGGAGUUGGGAUCGCUGGAUUAGAAGGUGCUCAAGCUUCCAUGUCAGCCGAUUAUGCAUUAGGCCAAUUUAGAUUCUUAACUCGACUCUUAUUAGUACAUGGAAGAUGGUGUUAUAUUCGAAUUGCAGAUAUGCAUGCCAACUUUUUCUUCAAGAAUAUCAUUUGGACCUUGGUUUUGUUUUGGUAUCAAAUCUAUUGUAGUUUCAAUGGAUCGUAUUUAUUUGAAUAUACAUUUAUAAUGUUAUAUAAUCUAGUGUUUACUUCCUUACCGGUCGGAUUGAUGGGAGCGUUUGAACAAGAUUUAAGUGCGAAUGCAUCCAUGGCUUUUCCAGCACUCUAUCAACGUGGCAUUAAAGGAUUACAAUACACAAGAUCAAAGUUUUGGUUUUAUAUGUUGGAUGGAACUUAUCAAUCGGCAGUUUGUUAUUGGAUUCCAUAUUUUGUUUAUUUCUCUUCACCUACUGUUUCGGUCACCGGAAGAGAUGUGAGUAUAUGGGAAUUCGGAACGACCGUUGCAGUGGGAGCGGUCUUUGCAGCCAAUAAUCUGAUUGUCAUCAACACACGAUAUUUUCCUUGGUUCAUUGUCAUCGUCUUGACGGUUUCAUCGAUGAUGGUCUUGGUUUGGACAGCGAUUUAUUCAGGUUUAGCCGAUUAUUAUUAUAAAGAUAUAGUACUUUAUACAUUUUCGACUUUUGAAUUUUGGGCCUCGUUUGUGUUAGUUCAAGUUUUAGCAGGAGUACCUAGGAUGAUGUAUAAAUAUAUACAAAUCCAAUAUUGGCCAAAAGAUUCAGAUUUGAUUAGAGAAAUGAUUUUAGGAGGAUUAAGUGGAAGUGAUGGUAGGAUUGGAGGGAUUGAAGAAGAAGAAAGUAGAAGUAAACAGAUCAAAUUGGUUGAAGAAGUGAUUGAGAAGGAUAAAGCUGAAUCUAAGUUUUAUAAUGAAAAGAAGAAGAAGAAGAAGAAUGGUACGAAGGUAGAACAAGAUCAUCAUCCGAUUAGAAGGUCUUAUGCUGCUACUCAAACUCAAUCCCGAUCUGAAAGUGUUGAAAUGACAGCAGUAGUAGAAACGAUCCCAGUGAUCACUCUUACCAGUGGAACAUCAGAUCCGAUGACACCACCCUUACCAACAGGAAUAGGAGAAAGAAUCCGAUUAGAUGAAGGAUUCGAAUCACCACCACCAUCUCAUAUUCGAACUCGAUCUCGAUCAUGGACCGAAGAAUCGAAUCCGAAUGAACAAACACGUAGGAUUUAUUUACCUCAUGGAUCUUCAACUUCUCAUCCUCAUCAUCCUUCAUAUUAUCAUCAAUUGUUUGCAGCUUCUGAUCCUCAACCUUUACCUUUGAAUCAUCAAUCUACUUCUAAUUCUGAUGAUGAUCAUGAUCCAUCGGGUUCGGGUUUGCCUUCGGGUGGUUAUGUUCAAACUUCUUUAGGUAUCAAUGGACCUGAUGAUUUGGUACCGAGUCCGAUCAGUUUUAGAACCGCAAGUGAAGGACUUCAUAGAAACGUUGUUCAUCGUUAA